CACGGGCAGGAUUGUCACGUCCAUUACAUCGCCAGUUCCUAUCUGCAGCGUCAUGCGGGGCGAGACGACGACGACGACGACCAAGCGCAAGUCCAUGUCGCCCGAGGUCCGGCGCCGGCGCCUCGCGUACGACCGCGAGGCCAAGCGCGUCGCGCGCCAAACGUACCUCUGCGAGCGCGACCACCUCGCGGCCACGAUCCAGCGCCUCACGCACCAGCUCUACGCGCUGCGGGGCACGCUGCUACCGUGGAAGGAGGUCGCGGCAGCGCUCGGCAGCACGCGCGAGACGACGUGCACGAUCAACGAGGACCUCCGCCGCCAGGUCACCGAAUACGGGACCGUCGCCCAGCAGCUGCAUGCCUGGAUCGCAGCCAUGCACCCGGACAAGGGCCUUGGCAACGCGUCGCCGUGGCACGCUGUGACGCUCUCGAGCGACGCCUACGUUCGCCGCGUCGGCUUUGCGUGGAUCGGCAAGCAGCUGCGCCACGCCGCCGACGCGCAGCUGCCGCCGAGCCUCUUCCCGUCGCGACCGACCGACGACGACGUGCGCAUCGAGUGGGACAUGGCCGGCCGCCGCUUGAUCAAGCAAAAGGUCAUUCGUGGCCGGCGCCAGGACGUGGCCAAAGCGCUUUGGAUCGUCAAUGGUGCGACCGCCAGCGGACUGCGUGGCACGCCCAUGGACGUCGAGAUUUUGCACCGGGAUGGACCCGACUCGGACCGCCUGCACUACGUCCAGGAGCGGUACCGCGGCAAGCUCAUUCAUGUUCUCCACAAGUCGGUCGACGAAGGCGACCGCACCCUGAGCAUGUUCCGGACAAUUACCUGUGACGCGCUACGGCCCACGCCCACGCCCGACGAGACAUUUCAAGAAUGGAACGAAAUCCGGCAACUCUCGCCUGAAGCGUGCUUGCUCCGGAGCGUGUGCGUGCUCCAACCCGUGGCCGCCUACGACUCGAUGGUCGCGUACGCCCGGUCGCUCUUUCCGGACGUGUACAGAGCAGUGGCGUCGGCCUCGCCCGAGAUCCUCGAAGCCUGCGUCGAGCGAGAACUCCACGCGCUCACGCUACGGCGGACAGACGACUACUUUGCCAACAUCACCGCCGUCCUCGAGAGCCUCGUGGACCCGCUCGCAAUGCAGUACCAAACGCGGCUAUAACGUCCUUUUGUACAUGUUAAUAACCUUAUAUAUUCGCGUCUAUGUCUACCCA